AUGGCUCUCAAAGAUGAUUUAGUCUCUUACAAGAAAACUACACAAAUCUAUGUCACACAGUCCAACACUCAUCAAAGUUCCAGACAUAGACCUAAUUUCGAUCAUGAGAAUGUUCCACCUAAGUUUGCAAAGGCACCUAAAUAUGUUGCCCUUUUCGGCCGACUGCCUGAAGUUUUGUACCAGGGUGUGAAGGCUAAUCAUUUAUUGUGUACAUCGAGCAUACAAGCAAGCAGUUUUAUGGCUCCUACACAUUUUUCAAGGAUGAUCAACAUGUUAGCUAUUGUGUGCUUGGGAUUAAUCUCAAAGGUUGAAGCUCAAGGUUCUCAAAUGGGAGUGGAAUUUCUUGUACAGUUCCCAUACAUGCCUGAAGGCCAACCCAUCACCAUGAUGAAUAAAUUCAAUGUUUACGUCACGGAUCCGAUGUGGCGAAACCCGGUUUUUGAAAGAGUCGCUCUCGACCGUUUGCAGGUCACUACUUACGUGGUCCAGCGGAAAUAUUUAACAUCAAUCAGUGGCCCCAUCACGUCUAUUGUCGCCAAAGGAAAGUUCAACUUUGGGAUGACGGUGUUUAUGCCGGUGUCGUUCCACUCAACUGCCAGUUUCCUGGCCAUACCAACUUCCGGUUGGGGCGCGGAGUACUAUGUUCUGGUACCAAAAUUAAAGUGGAAGCGUGACGUCAUCAAUAACUGGCAGACGUCUUUCUCCAGACUAGAAACCGGUACCCACUACAUAUCGUCAGCAAAUAGAAAAUUGAUGUCCGGUAGCUGCAAGACUGUUAUUACCCGAGCCCCCAAGGGAGCGUACAUGUUCGAGCUGGAGACGAACCAGAUCAGUAGCCUGCAGACGAACCAGAUCAGGAGCCUGGGGACGAACCAGAUCAGUAGCCUGCAGACGAACCAGAUCAGUAGCCUGCAGACGAACCAGAUCAGUAGCCUGCAGACGAACCAGAUCAGGAGCCUGGGGACGAACCAGAUCAGUAGCCUGCAGACGAACCAGAUCAGGAGCCUGGGGACGAACCAGAUCAGUAGCCUGCAGACGAACCAGAUCAGUAGCCUGCAGACGAACCAGAUCAGUAGCCUGCAGACGAACCAGAUCAGUAGCCUGCAGACGAACCAGAUCAGGAGCCUGGGGACGAACCAGAUCAGGAGCCUGGAGUACGAGAUCCGCCCCCUGAUUGAGGAGGACUUCACGUGGAAGGACACCUUGACCGAGUGCAUACACCAGAACGCCCCGCUCGCCUUCAGCUUCAACCGACGACUGUGUGAGGCUACGCUUGUCAACGCUGGGGAUGGGCCUGACGUUAAGGAGGAGAUUGCUAAUGGCCAGCUCUACCGUCAAGAAGAUGCCCCCACCUUGUCUUGGUCAUAUGGCAUAUUGUUCGUUUUGUUCAGGCAAAACAGAUUAGUACAGAUCGUGAUAUUGCUUCAUGCUACUGUGUCUAACGCCGUAGCUCAAGAAAAAUCUUUUGACAGCGCACUUUCUCUAGCAGAAUCAACAGUGUGUGUGAAUACUCUCACAGUAUUAUAUGCUGUCACAAUAGUCACUCUCUUGAUUUUUCUGUUGGUCAUUAUAUCGCUGCACUUUUACAAUAAAGCGAAAUUGAUGGAAAUACAAAAGAAACACUUCGAAGAAAAAAACAAAGAGCAAGCAAUUGAAAUAGCGGCAAAUAAAAUCCUGUUUUAUCUGGAAUGGAAGAAAAGCCUGGUUCCAGCUCCUAAUGGUUAGUGGCGGCUGAAUUGAAUGUAGCGGCUUAAGUCAAAGGCGUGUGACGCUCACACCAGCAAGUUUUCUGGCCAAGUCUCUCAACGUCUUUACUAAUUUACUAAUUUUUUUUUUUGGCAGCCCACAUGCUGUUUUUUGUUUUAACUCCACGAUAAUUUUUUUAAAAUUCCUUAAAUUUUUUUUGUUGGUUGCUAUAAAUUAAAAAUGAAUAAUUUGUGUUUAAAAAUUGUUAAAAUCAGUAAUGAGACUUUUAACAAAAUAGGUAUCAAAUGUCUCAAAAAUGAAAUAUUUUAAUUUUUUGUUUAAAAAGAAUUCCUGACAUGACAUUAAGUUUCAGUGUUUUAAAGUUUCAGUUGGGAAUUGAAUAUUAGGGUAGGAUUCACUUUAAAAAAUGGUAGCCCUUAAAAUGUCUGUUUUUUGUGAUUUAAUAUAAUUUGCCAAGUUUGUUCAACGAUUUAUACGCGUUGAAGUUAUUUUUUAAAAAAUAUAGCAUGAAAUUCCCUGGAAUAGAAAGGAAUUCCUUGGAAUAGCAGGGAAUUUUCUGGUCACUUGCCGGUGCAUCUUUGUUUAUAACCGCGCGCCCGACACCCAGUGUCCUGUGGCGGCUCUUUGGUCCUUUUGGAAUUGUCCAGAGUCUCAACGUCAUUAGGGAUUUUACCACCCAGAAGUGUAAAGGAUUUGGUUCCGUCACGAUGACCAACUAUGAAGAUACAAUUUUGCAAAAUCGAAAACUGUAACAGCAAUCUAUUUACGAUAAGCCAUGCUCUAAUGAUUAAUUGCUCAGGACAAGAAAUGUAUCCAAGUUAGAUCGAUUAGACAAUGUGAUAUAAAAAUUAACUUAACUGAAUGUCUAAUUAUUCAUGUAUUAUUUAAUAUUACCUACAAAAAUAAGGGAUCCUGCUAUUAUCCAGCACUAUUAUCAAAGCAUUUUUGUGUUCAUUUUGAAGAUUUUAGCCAUCAACUCUAUUGUAUUAACUAUUUUAAAGUACUGAAAAAAAUUGCAUGGGAAAAAAAUGGCAUGAAAAACAAAUUUAUAAGUUGGAACAUUGUAAUAGUAGUCUUGCAGUUCAGAUAUUUAACUUUUUUUAAUUAGCUACUGUUUUCUUUGUUCUUUAAAGAUUGUUUUUUAAG